AAAUACCCCAUUGAAAGAUCUAUGAUGACCAAUGAUCAGGAUAAAACUUUAGCCGCCACUUCCAUUCUUUCGGCCCAUGACGGAGCAAGAAUUCUCUGCGUCGCAGAUGUUCGUGGUGGCAUUUCACAGCUGAAUCAAUUGGCGGAGAAGGCCAAUGCGCAAUAUAUCAUCCAUACUGGUGACUUUGGAUUUUACGAUGACACUAGUCUCGAACGGAUCAGUGAUCGGACGUUGAGCCAUCUUCUGCAGUACAGCACCCUCAUUCCAUCGCAGGUCAAGUCGCGUCUCGCGGAUGCUCCUGUCGAGCAACUCCGACGCACGAUCGAUCAAAAUCAAGCCUAUUUAUCGGAAUUCUCAGACUUCCUGUCGGGAAAGAAGAAGUUGAAUGUGCCUGUCUUCGCAGUUUGGGGAGCUUGUGAAGAUGUUAGCAUCUUGGAGAAAUUCAGAUCCAAGGAAUACAGUAUACCGAACCUCAAUAUAUUAGACGAAGCUUCCUCUCAUCUACUGGAAAUUGGCGGUGUCAAUCUACGCUUGUUUGGACUCGGCGGUGCUGUUGUGCAGCACAAGCUGUUUGAUAAUGGAGAAGGUUUGGAUACCAUAGCCGGCGGAUCUGGUACAAUGUGGACUACUGCUCUGCAAAUUGGUGAACUUGUUGAAACUGCGCAGCUGGUAUACGAUCCAUCUGAGACGAGAAUUCUUGUCACCCAUGCUUCCCCUGGCCGAGAGGGUCUAUUAGCACAGCUUGCUCUCGUCCUCAAGGUCGACUUCACUAUAUCCGCCGGUUUACAUUUUAGAUAUGGCAUAUCAUACAAUGAGUUUUCGUGUCAACCAGAUCAAGAACACUACCGUAAUCGCCUACUUGAGUCUCAGCAAGGCUUUUUGCAGCUUUGGGAAUCAAUUCGGGAUCAAGUUGAGAGUUCUGUCGAUGAUACCCAGAGCGCCUUGUUGCAGAAUGCACUUAGCGUCGUCAAUAGAUUGCCCCCUUCACUUCACGAUAGGCAAGAUGAUGGCUCCAACAGUUCGCAAACCGAUCUGGAAGAACAGGGGUUCAAAAAUAUGUGGAACUUUAACCUCCCCGACGCUGCAUUUGGCUGGGUUAUUUUGGACGUUCACCACGGCCGCGUCAGCGCAGAAACCAAAGCGCAGGGCUUCAACUUUGCUUACAGAAAGAACAAUGGAUAUCCAGCAUCCUCCGCAACCUCCAGCCAGAGAGCUCACUCCAUAGCAUCAAGUGAAUAUAGUGGACAUGAGCAAGACAACCGAAUGCGUGAGCUUCCUCAGGAUGAUGAUAAUGUCAGCUCCAAUGCUGAAAGUGUGGGGUCACGAAGCAACCGAAGACAAAGCAUGUAUAAAAAUCCUUUUGUUGCCUACGUCGGUGGACUUUCCAACACUACCGUGACGGAAGAAGAGAUUAGAGAAUUUUUUGGCCAUAAAUCUGUGACAGGCGUUAAGUUCCCACUAGACCACAACACGCAAUUGCCCAAACCACAUUGUUACGUCGAUUUUAUUGAUCAAGCGUCACUGGACGAGGCAAUAGCUAAGAAUGGCCAGAUGUUGCAAGAUAACAAACUGAUCAUCAACAAACCUAAUCCUCAUGUCUAUGACGGUCGUGGUCGCGGCCGUGGACAAAGAGGUCGAGGUAACCGAAAUUCACGCCUGAGCUUUGAUCGUGUUCGAGAAUAAAAUAAAAAAAAAGAACACUAUCGAAUUAAUGGUCCCAAACCAUGCAUGGGUUCAACACAAUUUAUGCCUGAAACAUGUUCCGCCUAUUUUGAUAAAUAAAAAAUAAUUCUAUCUAUAACCUUA